CGGUCUCCCACACAUAGAAGGAAGUCGAAGCCACCAUACCUCUGUCACUCAGAUGCGGUCACGGAAUGUGGAUCACAGUGGCUGUUUUCUUAAAAAUGCUUAUCUUUUCUUAUGUGAACUCAGAAAACUCUUAUCCCCUAGACACACUCACCGUGGAACAAGGACACCGCGCCAGACUGCAGUGUAUUCUGGGAGACCUUACCACCGUCACUUUUGUCAGUUGGUAUCGACAUCUCCCGAAUGGAGGGCUCAGUUAUGUGGCACAUUAUACCAGAUACACAUCACAGGUGUCACGAUACACCGGCGAGAUACAUCAAGAAAACGGGACAAGCGUUUUAAUUAUAGAUAAUGUGCAAAGAAACGAUUCAGCGACUUACGUGUGCAUAGCGAGAUCCUCGAGCCACUAUAGAGCUGGCUCCUCUUGUACCCUCAUAGUGGAAGAUCCACAGGUUCCUCCUAGAGUCUUCAUAUUUUACUCACCCGACACUACACCAGGAUGGAUGGAGCCACUUUCUUUUGUUUGUUUGGUAAAGGACUCUUCUCCUUGGUGGAACCUUUUAACUUGGAGAACCAAUGGAAUGGAAACAAAAAGACAAGAAAUUGGACAUGAAGGGUUUAUCGACGUGGAAGGCUCUUAUUCGUUUAUCAGUCACUUUUCAACCAUUCCAAACCACGAUUUAAAAGUAACUUGUGAGAUUCACAACAACGUAACUGGACAUCUGGUUCAAAAGCAUUAUGUACUUGGUUUUUCAAAUCAAGGAGAACAAGGUUGCCAGUCCCUGUUACACUUUGGAAUUCCUGGAGUUUUGAUAUUGAUAUUGCUGUUCCUCACUACUGCUUGUGUCUGCAAGAGGCUUAACAAUGGGCCAAGCCUGAAGCCUGCCUCCCCAAAACACGGGGCAGAGAGGAGCCAAGGAGAACAUACACUGAUUCAGUUCAUUCAAAACUCUGCUGCAAGAGUCCUUACACAGACCCGUAGCAGCAAGGACAGCACACCCAACCUGCUGCACCUCUACUGCCUUCCUGUGUCUUUACAAGACUGAAUAUAAAAUUCUGUUAUUAACCUAUCAAGCUUUAAAUAGACUCGUACCAGACUACAUCAGUGACCUUCUCCAUCACUAUAGUCCUGCUCGCCCACUAAGGUCCUCUGUUUCUGGCAAUCUUUUUGUGCCCCACACUAACCUGAACUCUGUGAUUAACACAGCCUUCAGCUAUAUAGCGCCUACAGUUUUGCUUUACCUCCCUGAAUUCAAUACAUUCAAUACAUACUGACUCAAUACAUUCUUUUAAAAAACAACUUAAAACUCCUUUGUUCGUGAACACGUUAAACUUAACCUAACAUUCUAACUGUUCUUUCAGUUUACCUCUUUGUCCAGAUGCUCAGGGUAACUUGUAUAUGUGUUAUGUCAAAAAAAUUGUUAUUUGUACGUGGUUUUCUUAUAUUAUUGAAUUUAGUAUUUUUUCUUUUAUUCUAUUUAAUGAUUUGUAUAUCCUGUAUUGAUCUGUUUUUAGUGUUGUAUGCUGACAUUAUUUGUAUCUAAUGUUAGAUAUAUUUGUUGUGUCAGAUACUCUGUGAAGCAACUUGAGCAUGGGAAAGGCGUUAUAUCCAUCCAUCCAUUUUCCAACCCGCUGAAUCCGAACACAGGGUCACGGGGGUCUGCUGGAGCCAAUCCCAGCCAACACAGGAACCAAUCCCGGGCAGGGCGCCAACCCACCGCAGGACACACACACAAACACACCCACA